AAGUAUGUAGAGACUCCAGGUCCUCGUCCUCUUAACCGCAAGCGAUCUUUAGUCCCCUGUGCAUUCAGAAACGAAACCAACCGUGUUUUUAGUUUUCUCAUUUUCCGAUCAACGAUUUACAAAAUGCUCGCUGUCUUCGACAAAUCGGUGGCCAAAAGUCCCGAGGCGCUGCGGAGCCCUGCAUCCGAUUCCGUCUGGGCUCUCAAGGAUGGAAUUCUUGCCCGCCAUUUUAGCUCCGUGUACCCUGGUUCUGUCAUCGUCAAUCUCGGAUCCGCCGGUCUCUUGGCCUAUUCCGUCGAAAAGCAAAACCCUCUCCUCCCGAGAUUAUUUGCGGUUGUGGACGACAUUUUCUGCUUGUUCCAAGGGCACAUUGAGAAUGUUGCUCAGCUCAAGCAACAAUAUGGUUUGAACAAAGCUGCAAACGAGGUUAGCAUCGUUAUUGAAGCGUAUAGAACAUUAAGAGAUCGGGGUCCGUACCCAGUUGAUCAAGUCGUGAGAGAUAUUCAAGGAAAAUUUGUGUUCGUCCUAUAUGACAGUUCCUCAAAAACUGCAUUUUUGGCUUCUGAUGCUGAUGGGAGCGUUCCCUUCCACUGGGGAACUGAUUCUGAGGGACAGCUUGUUCUCUCGGAUGAUGUCGAAAUUAUGAAGAAGGGGUGUGGAAAAUCUUUUGCUCCUUUCCCCACAGGUUGCUUCUUCACAACCUCGGGUGGGUUGAGAAGUUUUGAGCAUCCUCUUAAUGAGGUGAAGCCAGUGCCAAGGGUGGACAGUUCAGGUCAUGUCUGUGGAGCCGAUUUCAAGGUGGAUGAAGAGGCUCGAAAGGAAAGUUCUGGUAUGCCAAGAGUUGGGAGUGCUGCAAACUGGUCUACAGACUACUGAGUGCAUGAUUUGGCAAGGCUUUGCUUACUUUGCCUUACCCUUCCUCCGGCUUCUUUCCAUAUUUCCAUCCCACCAAUUGUGCCUUCUAAAUGGGUACUGAGGUUUAUACUUUACUUUCCCUAAUGGCAUGUCCGUGCAGUUAACAACUACUUAUAUCUUAUGAAUCCUGUUGGCUUAACCGAGUUACAUUCUGGUUUAAACUUUACUUUAACUGUAGCUUUGGAUUUAUGGCAAUAAAGUUGCUGCUUGCCAACUGCUGCAUAUUUAGGAUUAUCUUAA